AUGCCCUUCUGGAUGCAUUCAUUUUACUUGGCCCACGACUCGACAUGGUCCUACAUUCUGGGCAAGGCAGCUUCCCAGUACGGAGAACAUUGGUUCCUGAGAGGAACUUCGACUGCCCUUUUCGUGUGGACAACACUAGAAUUGUGGUGCAUUCACAGAGCAGUCACUAAAGAGCGCGAGGCAAACUUCUCAUCUGUUUUAGGAAGUAAGCCGACAACAGCAGCUGCUCUGUCAUACGCGGUUGCUCUCCAGUUAGGGAUGUACUCAGUCGUUCUUCUUGCUAUUGAGUUCAUGGGCGAGGGUUGCGUCAUGCAAUGGUUCUGCUUUACAAACGUCCUCAUCGUCCUGGGUCCGACACAUCACUAUCUCAGAGCGGGUUCUAGACAUGGUCUUUCUCUCGGGUUUUGCGUUGUCAAUAUUAUUGGAACGAUUUGGACUUUCACUCCCUUCAGCUUCUUCGUCCUGACUCUUCCGGAAAUUUUCGACCGCCAAGUUUACUACGUCGUCGGAUGCAUUCUUACUGCUUACUCCAUUGGGUGUUAUUUUGUUGUAGCGCAGUACCCGGCAAAGAACAAAAACCUGGACAAAACUGGAAAGGGAGCACCAAUUUGGUGA